AUGGAACAUCAGUCCGAUCCACGGCAUCAGUCCCGACCGAAGAUAAGAAAAAGCAAUCCAUGGCAUCAGAGCUCAGCAAAUGAUGGCAACCAGCUCAACCUAGAGCUCGGACUUGAGCCAUGUUCAUCAUCCUCAUCAUCAUCGCCCCCAUCAAUCCAGACUCUUGCUAUUCCCGCAAAGGACGGCAAGCUUUACUCAUGCAACUUCUGCCAAAAGAAGUUUUCCAGCUCGCAGGCUCUCGGGGGUCACCAGAAUGCACACAAGCUCGAGCGAACCCUAGCCAAGAAGAGCAGGGACUUGUGCUCUGCCGUGAAACCUCAUGCGGCGACCUCGAGUGGUCAUCCAGUACGGUCAUCUCUUCAAUCCGUGGUUUUUGAGAAUCGGUCACGCUUGGUCAGGCUUGCUGGGGACGAUACGAGGUAUGUUGGGAUUCAUCUGAAGUAUGGUUCAUCUGGGUCUCAAGGGUGCAUCGAUGUAUCUGAUGAUGAAGGUGAUCUCCAGGAGGAUUUUAGCCAGCUCAAUUUGUCGUUAAGGCUUUGA